AAUCUUUUGCGUGAUUAACCAUCUCCCCGUCUUGUGUGUUUUCGUUGGAAUCCCCGCCUCCCUAUAUCCACUUGGACGAGAUGACCUUCAACUUCGAACAAGAUACGGACACCUGUCGCCAACUCCUAACUACUUUCCCAAUUUGCUUUGCACCUCCGGACCAAAUUGGAAGACGAUCCCUUCCAACUGGAAUUGUAGGGUUCCAUUUCUCCUUCCCCUCUCCUUCUCCCUCCACCCCCCCCCGCCCCCCCCCCGCCCGGUUCGCUGGCUCUGGCUCUGGCUCUGGCUCGCUCCUUGUGACUUCUCUCCUUCUCUGAUCGCCAUCUCUGCAAUUAGAGCUCUUAGAAGAGAAAGGAAUAGGUCCAGAUCGCACGGAUGCAUUGGAUGUAACGUUACUGGGCCAAGGUGAAGAUAAUGGCAGAAUUGGCCGAGCCUGACCCUCUAUCAGGGGAUGCUGAUGAUACGAGUUGGGUGCCGAGAGUAGAUAUGGAAUUCAAGAGUGAUGAGGAGGCCUACCAAUUCUAUAAUCACUAUUCUAAAGUAGUUGGAUUCAGUGUUCGGAAAGCUUGGAUUAAUCGAAGAGCCUCAGGAGUCAUCAUAUCGAGGACGUAUGUUUGUUAUAAAGAAGGUUACCAGGGCAACAGGAAAGAUGAGAGUGAGGUGAAGAAACCUCGGCAGAAUGAGAGAACCGGUUGCCUUGCACAUUUGACAAUCAAAAUUACAGCAAAUGGUACAUACAGGGUGAGUGAGUUCCACCCCAUGCACAACCAUGAGCUUGUCGCACCUGCGAAAGCUCACACAUUGAAGUCGCAUAGAGUUGCAAAGAAGGCUCGAGCUGUUAUAGCGAAUGCGGCAUCACAGAAGGCUAUGAUGGAGUGUUUGGUCAGGCAAGCCGGGGGCUAUCGGCAGGUCACCUUUUUUUCUGUGGAAGAUGCUGCUGAUAAAAGUUGGGCUCCAAAAGUCGAUAUGGAGUUCGAGAAUGAUGAAAAGGCCUAUCAGUUCUACAAUGACUAUGCUAAAAGGAUAGGAUUUGAUGUCCGAAAGGCUUGGGUGAACCGAAGAUCUUCUGGUGUUAUUAUAUCAAGGACCUACGUGUGCUACAAAGAAGGAUACUAUGGGAAUAAGAAAGACGAAACUCAGGUGGAGAAACAUCGUAUUCGGCCAAAUGAGAGGACCGGUUGCCUUGCGAGAAUGGUCAUUAAACUUGCGAAGAAUGGCAGAUAUCGCGUGACUGAAUUUCAGCCAAUGCACAACCAUGAGUUUGUAACAGCAAGAACAGCACACACUUUAAAAUCGCAUAGAGCUGCUAAUAAGAUUCGAAAUGUUGAAGUGAAUUCUGUGGAUGAUUCUAGCGUGGCAGCAAAAGCUAUCCAUGAUCAUGCGAGUGGACAAGAUGCAUCUUCUCAACAUCUCACUUUUCUUUCUAUGGAGUAUAAAAAUUAUUUACCUGUAAAGCGUAAGGAUGCUAUCAAGCCAGGAGAUGUGGGCGCAAUGCUAGAGUACAUGCAAGAAAGGCAAGUGAAUGACCCUUCCUUUUAUUAUGCGAUACAACUUGAUGAAGAAGACCGAGUUACAAAUGUAUUUUGGACUGAUGGAAAGUCUAUGGCUGACUAUUAUUACUUUGGUGAUGCAGUCUGCUUUGAUACAACAUACAAAACUAAUAGUUGUUCUAGGCCCUUCUCACCCUUUUAUGGAGUGAAUCAUCAUAAACAAAUUGUCAUCUUUGGUGCAGCAUUGAUAUAUGAUGAAACUAAAGAAUCUUUCAGGUGGUUGUUUGAGACCUUUAAGACUGCAAUGUAUGGUAAGCAACCACGGGUUAUUCUAACUGAUCAAAAUCCUUUAAUUAGGAAUGCUAUCAAUUUGGUGUGGCCAUGUACGACUCACCGUGUUUGUGUGUGGCACAUGUACCAGAAUGCAUCUAAGUACUUAGGCCAAGUCUUUCAAGGUUCCAGAACUUUUGCAUAUGAUUUCAGCAGAUGUCUCUUUGAUUAUGAAGAGGAAGAGGAGUUUGUGUCAGCAUGGGAAAACAUGUUAGAAAAGUAUGAUCUCAAAGGCAAUGAAUGGUUGAAAAUGUUAUUUGAGGAUAGGGAAAAAUGGGCUGUGGCAUAUGGACGUGAGACAUUUUGUGCAGACAUGAAAAGUACACAACGUUUGGACAGCAUAAGUGGCAUGCUAAAGGAGUACUUGAGCCCAGAACGAGAUCUACUUCAGUUUCUUAAGCAUUUUGAAAGAAUGCUGGAUGAGCAACGGAAUGCAGAAUUACAGGCUGACUUUCAUGCCACUCCGAGUAUCUCAAUUAUAGCUCCUUCUCGGAUGUUGAGGCAAGCAGCCAGUGAAUAUACACCUGCAGUGUUUGAAAUGUUUCAAAGGGAAUUUGAAAUGUCGAUGGAUUGUAUGGUACACAAUUCUGGUGCAGUUGAGACAAUCUAUGAGUAUAAGGUUAUCAGUGAGGAGAACCCUAAAGUACACUUGGUAAGAUUUGACUCUUUAAAUGGUACACUGGUUUGCAGUUGCAAAAAGUUUGAGUUUGUUGGGAUCCAAUGUCGUCAUGUGUUGAAAGCACUUGAUAUUAUAAAUAUUAAAGAGCUCCCACCACAGUACUAUCUAAAAAGAUGGAAAAAGGAUGCUAAAGUUGGGUCCUUAAGGGACAACCUGGGGCUUGCAACUGACAUUGACCCUUCAUCAUCUAAAGCAAUGCGUCUUAGCUCUCUCUGUCGCAUUAUCAGUAUAGUUGCAGCAAGAGCUGCUGAGACUGUUGAGGGAUAUACGUUUGUUCAAAAUCAGUCAGAUCAACUAUUUGAUCAUGUAUGCGAAAUUCUACAAGCAAGACCUCCUGAGGAACUUCAGAUUAGUUAGGGCUCGCUUCCCAGAUGCUCUCUGGACUUAUUGACAGCAAAGCUCCCUGUUGGACUACUGGAGAACUGACAAGGGGAUUGUAGAAUUCAAAUUCUGAUGUGAAAUUUUUCUGUUUCGAAGUGUAGUGUGAGAGGUGCGGCACGCAUGGAGUUAUUUUUGAAACAUCAUCAAGACAUGAACAUUGCAGCAACCGACUGGACUUCUUCUCUGUGGUGUCAUGUUUUCAGUGUUUUUUGUUAAUGUAGCACUUGGCUGCUGCAGGAUGCACAUGGCUUUGAGAGAUGAGGUGAUCAUUCACACCCAGUCUAAGAGUUUCGAAGAUGGCUUGGUGUUUUGUAUGAUUAUAUCCUCUUUAAAACACUACUCGAACCACCACCUCUGGGUUUAUACUUAGAACCUCUCUCUCGAGUGCAUGUACCAAGGAUGGAGGGUGCCCUAUGAUCAUAUCAUUUGAUUUGUAUGUUUUCUUUCACUCAAGAGAAGAAUUCAGGGAACUA